AGCUAACGCUCACAAACGUUCAGCAUUGAAUCUCUUUCACUGUGACCUGCGUCCACUAAUUGACUAGGGUAUAAUCUCCUUAUCCUAUCUCCUUAUCGUCCGACCCUACCUCGAAAAUCGUUUUUAACUCUUGCGGGUACCUUCUCCUGAAGAUCAUCUGAAUUUCUUUAAAUAAAGCGCAGAGGCCCUGAACGCAAAUAUCCCACUUCCCCUAGAUGUCGUUGCAUAAUGACAGUAUUGACUCAAAGGAAGGUAAGGUCGAGGACCCAGUAGCUGUGGCAGACGAACAAGUACUUUCGCAGUACACGUUCGCGGAGACGAAGAAGAUUUUACGAAGAAACUUGGAUUCCAACAUCGUCUCGUAUAUCAAGACCAUUAACACGGGAAAAUCUACGAAUAUCCUGACGCAACUUCAUAUGACUACGGAUGAGUACGGAUACUUGUCCACUAUUUUCACGUGUACUUUCCUGGCGUUCGAAGUCCCUUCGAACUUGAUUCUAAAGUGGUCUACGCCUCGAUUACAUUUUGUCGUAUCAUUUUCUUGUGGUAUGUCCGUAGCUGCUUGUUGCCAUGCUGCGGCAACAAACAAAGGCGGCCUUUACGCUGCCCGUGCUUUUCUCGGUCUCUUUGAGGCCGGUCUUUUCCCCGGAAUUCUCCUUCAAAUGACAUUCUGCAAUAUCCUAGACGCUCUGAUUGCGUACGGCCUUGCCUAUAUCGACGGACGCCAUGGUCUGUCAGGCUGGCAGUGGGCUUUCAUUAUCAUCGGCUGCAUAGGAUUCGUGCUCACGGCUUUCAUUUUCCUAUUUCUCCCUGAUUACCCCGAUUCUCCUCAGGGUCACCGGCAGUUCCUCACUUCGGAGGAAGGCAAGGCCGCGUGCAAGGAUCCCCUUACUUACGGAUUCAGUUUCAUCCUACUUUGCCAACAGACUGGUAUUGCUGGAUACACCUUCUGGCUUCCCUCAAUUAUUGCUGGCUACGGAUUUACAACUACGACGAAUGCUCAGCUGCUUAAUAUCCCCCCUGCCGCUAUAUAUAUCAUAUCCGCGCUUUCAUUUGCUUGGAUUUCUGACCAUACCUUCAAAAUAUCCCGGCCCGUGUACAUGCUCGUUUCUCUCGUCGUUCUUAUCGGUACUUUUAUUGGUCUCAACCGUCUUCUGACGCUCAUUCUCUUCACCGCGAUACCCUACGCAAUAUACCAGACGAUGAUAUUUCCUUGGCGUUCCCAGAGUACCAAAGGAUCAUCCUAUGCCUCCCUUUACGUUGCCUUCCAGAAUAGCGUGGGCCAGAUUGCGAGUAUUUUUGCUGCCCAGAUUUUUCAAUCGAAGUAUGCGCCCAGAUAUACCAUCCCUUACAUCGUGUGCAUCAUAUUCUUUGCGCUUGCGUUGUUUGCCGUCCUCUUUACGUGGUAUUUUAGUUAUGGCGGCCUGGCAAAGGAAAGGAGGACGGCAGGGAAAGUAGACAACGUCGUCGUCGUAUAGAUAUUGGCGCGUUCUCAGACCUCCGAUUCUAUCUUCAGGGAGUUUUGUGGUGGAUAUUUCAACGGUCAUAGUUUUCCAACAUAGAUCGUUUCAAGAUUCUUCAUUUCUGUUCACACGUGUGUUGAGGAGAUACGUCUUCCUCUUCUUAUCUUACUUAUAGCCGCCUUCAAAGACUGCGA